CUAACUUUUUUAUUUACAGCAAACACUUCAUAUACUUAAUUCAUUUCUUCGUUCAAUUAUAUUGAUAGUGCAAACAGCUUAGCUCUUGUAAAGCAGCUAGUGAGAACAUAUUGCUGUGGCCUGCCUGGUAUAUGCUUAUCGAUAAUCGUAUCGAUGCAAGCCAAAGAACAACAACAACAGCCGCCGUGUGGUAGUUAAGACAGACCAUACUAAACGCCAGAGCCGCAAUCACGUCAAUUAAUGGCCAAGUAAUAUUGAAAACGGAGGCAGAAACAAGAACGGCAGGCGAGAUGAACUUUCCGCUAGCUAAUUCCAACAAAGAUACGUUGCGAGCGGCAUGCAAGAAGUGCGGCUACGCGGGUCACCUGACCUACCAAUGCCGCAAUUUUCUCAAGGUUGAUCCCAACAAAGAGAUACUGCUCGAUGUGGAAAGCACCAGCUCCGACUCGGAGCUCGAUUAUUUGACGCCGUUAACGGAGCUGCGGGCCCAAGAGCUGAAAGCUGAGGGUGAUAUUGCCCCAGUUGCAGCAGCGGCAACAAAGCCAGAUAAGAAAAACAGCAGUAGCAGCAGCAACAAACACAUCAGCAGCAGCAAGCGCAGCAGCAGCAGUAGCAAAACAGUCGCCACGAAACACACGAAAACCGAGCGGCACAAGAAACGCAAGAGAAAGAGCAAGAAGCACAAGGAACCGAAGAUCAAAGCUAGCAGUAAAUCAUCAGAUUUGUCCAAAAAGCAAAAGAAGCAACGCAGCAGCAAAAAAUCGAAGCGUCGUCGAGCUGUUAGCACAAGCAGCAGCAGCAGCAGCUCCUCCAGCACCUCAUCAACCUCAUCGUCUGACAGCGAUUCAACGAGCGACUCAUCCAGUAGCGACACGGAAUCCGAUUCCAGCGACAACGAAGAGUCCAGCACUAGCGAAUCGGAUGAGUAUGGACGCAAAAAGAAGCGCCAGGGCAAAUACAAACGGAAAGCUGAGGCAACAGUGCUGCGUCGCAAAAAGUCCAAAUCCAAACGCAAGAGGCAUCGCACCAGCAUCAACGCCGGUGCCAGCGGCGGCGGCGGCGCUGGCAGUGCAGCAGGCGCCAGCAGUUACCUCAGCAGUCUCAGCGAUAGCAGCACCAACUAGCACACAACGACUACCCAAAGCACUUGCAACGGCAUUUAGUUGACUAUCCUAGUUAAAAAGGCAAAACAAAUGAAGGGAAAUGAGAAAUUAGAGCAACCUAGGCUAGAGUUAUAUAGUAACAUAUAUUGCAUGGAUGAAUCUAUGAAGCCAAUUUAGUUAUCCUGCGCUUCCUCAACCAAAAUCAGACUUUCCAACACCAACACACACACACACACACACACACACAUGGAUACAUAUUUAAACUUGUGUU